UCGUAAGUUUCCGGCAGUUUCCGGGGAGACUCGGGGACUCUGCGUCUCUCUCGCUCUUUUCCGCUCGCCUGGUGCGGCGGGGCAGGGUGCUGAGCUAGUCAUGGCGUCCCCCUCUCGGAGACUGCAGACUAAACCAGUCAUUACUUGUUUCAAGAGCGUCCUCUUGAUCUACACUUUCAUCUUCUGGAUCACUGGUGUUAUCCUUCUUGCCAUUGGCAUUUGGGGCAAGGUGAGCCUGGAGAAUUAUUUUUCCCUUUUAAAUGAGAAGGCCACCAAUGUCCCCUUCGUGCUCAUUGGCACCGGCACUGUCAUUAUUCUUUUGGGCACCUUUGGCUGUUUUGCUACCUGCCGAGCUUCUGCAUGGAUGCUAAAACUGUAUGCAAUGUUUCUGACUCUCAUUUUUUUGGUUGAACUGAUUGCUGCCAUCGUAGGAUUUGUUUUUAGACAUGAGAUUAAGAACAGUUUUAAGAAUAAUUAUGAGAAAACUAUAAAGCAGUAUAACUCUACGGGAGAUUAUAGAAGUGAUGCCGUAGACAAGAUUCAAAAUACGUUGCAUUGUUGUGGUGUCACCGACUAUAGAGAUUGGAAGGAUACUAAUUAUUACUCAGAAAAAGGAUUUCCCAAGAGUUGCUGCAAACUUGAAAAUUGUUCUCCACAGAGAGAUGCUGAUAAAGUAAACAAUGAAGGUUGUUUUAUAAAGGUGAUGACCAUUAUAGAGUCAGAAAUGGGAGUGGUUGCGGGAAUUUCCUUUGGAGUUUCUUGCUUCCAGCUGAUUGGAAUCUUUCUAGCCUACUGCCUCUCUAGGGCCAUAACAAAUAACCAGUAUGAGAUAGUGUAAUCAGCAAAUCAUGGGCUUACUCCUCUCCAACUUUAAGGACAUUUACAUUCCCUCCUGUGAACUAUGAGAUUGCCUGGAUGGAAGACAGUUUAACACUUCUUACCAAAUAGACCAAAAAAUUACAUCAAUAGGCUGAUUCAGUCAAGACAUUUGUUCAAUAUAGGUUCACCUGGCCCAUUCAUGUUAGAUCAUUGAAACCCCUGUAUCACUGUGAAACACUGGAAGAGCUAGUAAAUUGUAAAUGAACUAA